AUGAGGUUUCGACAGCCAGCCGCGCCGCUUCUUCUGCUCCUGCUACCUUCUCUUGCCCUAGCCUCCUCCUCCUCCUCCUCCUCCUCCUCCUCCCUCGACACAGAUUCCAAGGAGGCUCGUUUAGCAGCUUCCGAUCUCGACUCGACCCUCGCCUCAACCAAAGCGAAAGUUGACGUCGGCACCAAGAAUGCUCCGGUAGACGGCAAGGAUGGGAUGCCUCACGAGGGGCCUUUUGUGACCACCGACAAAGGGCGCAAGAAGAGUGAUACCACUGACGGGUUUGAAUCCAUCGACCUGCCGCCGCUGAAGAACCGCCCGUCAGAUCCCACCAUUGUCGAUGGCAAGAAGAUACCCGAAUCCAAUGAUGGAGUCAUGGACGAUCCGCAUCGUCAAACUCCCAAGCAAGGAACCACCGGCACCGAAGGCGGAGUGAGCGAGAAGGACAAGGCUCGCAAGGCCAAGGAGGGCGUGACGGGAGAACGCGUCGAGAACAUUCCCGAGACACCCAAGGAGAAGCCCCCGAUGCCGCACAGCCAGCAGCAAGAGUUGGUGGGCGAGAAGGACAGCAAGAAAGACAAGACCAAAGCUGAUGUGCACAAGACCCCCGAAGACGUUGCGGGCCUCGAGAAGCCUUCGGAUCUACCAGACAAACUACACGACCACCCGAAUCCGCUGCCAGACUCGGCGCACAAAGACCACCUCGACGUAUCGAAGCCGACCAAACCAGGCUCCAAAAGCUCUGCUCUGGAUGACGACGCCACUGAAGGCAUCAUCCGACCGUUCCACUCUUUCGUCCUUUCUCUUAUGAUGAUCCUGUUCUCCGAGGUGGGCGACAAGACGUUCCUCGUGGCGGCCCUCAUGGCCAUGAAACACGACCGCAUGGUGGUCUUCACGGCAGCGUUUGGUGCCCUGCUGGUGAUGACGGUCCUCUCGGCCGUGCUCGGACACACGCUCCCGGCGCUGAUCCCGAAGAGGAUCACGGCAUUCCUUGCGGCUGGGCUUUUCUUUGUUUUUGGGGCCAAGCUGCUGCGCGAGGGCAUGGCCAUGGAUCCCAGCGAGGGUGUCACGGCCGAAAUGCAGGAGGUGGAGAUGGAGCUGCAGGAGAAGGAGCACAAAGCCUUCAAGGAGGGCAGGCGGCGGUCGUCAGUGUCCCCGUACGCGCUCGAGAUGGGACUCGGCGACCGGAAGUCUCGGUCCCAGUCUCGAUUCCCAACGCCGCCGCGCAGCCCGUCGACGUCCCCAGGCCGAAGCCCGUCGCCCCGGCGCGGGGUGGUGAGUGGAUUUGGCACGGGUCUCACCAACCUCUUUUCGCUGCUCCUGAGCCCCGCGUGGGUGCAGACAUUCAUCAUGACCUUCCUGGGCGAGUGGGGAGAUCGAAGCCAGAUUGCGACGAUUGCCAUGGCGGCGGGUCAGGACUACUGGUGGGUGACGCUGGGUGCCAUGCUCGGCCACGCGUGCUGCACGGGCGUGGCAGUCCUGGGCGGCAGGGCCAUCGCGGGCAAAGUCAGCCUCAAAGUUGUCACGGUAGGCGGCGCCGUAGCCUUCCUGGUGUUUGGGUUCAUCUACUUGGUUGAGGCGUUGUACGCUUAG